GAGACCCGAUUUAGAGGGAGAUGUCGGGCGAGCUUGUGGCAGCCAAGCAAAGGACGGAGAACCGGGAAGUCAAGAGGCGUCGCGUCAUAGCAGCCUCUUCCAUGGUGUUGUCGCUGCUUGGCAUUGUUGCCAUUCGACACUCCAGUGAUGUGGAUCCAUCGCAACACACGUCGCAAGUGGAGUCCAAUGCCAUGUUCCGCAACGACGUCGAGUAUCAAGACUAUCCCGCAUGGACCAAGAGUGUCAACGAUGUGAACGCUCAGAAUCACAUCAACCAUGGGAAAUGGACCAGUAUAGAAGGCCCCCCUUUUCUGCAGAGAAUCACUCUGUACUCAGGGAAUGGUGUUGACAUUACACACGGAGGAAACAUCGUUAGGAAAGUUGUCGGUAUCCCAAAAAACUUUGGCAAGUGGGAAGGCAACAGGUUCCUUGCCAACUUUGAAUCACAGCAGAUGCGUUUCUUUCAAAGCAACAAGAACUCGGCACUCGUUAUCCCUCCCCUCUCGCAAGGCAACUUGCCCAUUCUGAGCGACUAUGCCAAGGGUAUGCUCAAGCAUUAUGUUGCAUUGGGUCAUAACACCCUUAUCGUCUGUGGCGGGGCCUGCUUCGGUCGAGUUCAUCAAUCAGAAUCUUUACACCUCAAGAUGAAGGAACCUUGCUGUUCCAGCCUGCAUGGACUCGAGGACCCUACGAGAAGCAAGAGGUG